ACACAGACGUCCCUCCGGAGCUGGGAUGUGGGGACCGGGGGGCAGCUGCUGGCUCUGCAGGUCCUGGUUGGUCACUGCGGCCAUUCAGCCGGCACUAGGCGGGGGUCCCGGGCAGCCGUUGGCAGCUCUGCUCCCUGGGCACUGCAGAGACCCUGCCCCAUCCGCAGUCGCCCCUGGCUGUGCAGGUGGCCGACCCGUCUCCCUCUCUGUUGCCUUGACCCAGGGCCCCUUCGAGACGCCUGAGUCUGAGGUCCCCGAUGAAGCCCUGAACCCUCGCCAAGUCCUCUACCGCUUCUGGGCCCAGUGGGGCUGCUGGUACCGGUACCAGCCGCUGGAUCACAUCCGCCAGUACUUCGGGGAGAAGAUUGCCAUCUACUUCGCCUGGCUGGGCUUCUACACGGCCUGGCUGCUCCCUGCUGCGGCCGUGGGCACCGUGGUCUUCCUCGCAGGCCUGGUUGCCAUGGGAACCAACACGCCCGCGAUUUGACUUGCCAAUUGUGAAAGGUGCCUUUUUAAUGAUCUUAGAAAGGCUCUAGCGGCUGCACCAGCGCGAGCCUCUCCUAAACAAGGCCUGCCAUUUUACUUGCACCUGGCAACUACUCCAGCAAGCACUGGAGCUGUUUUGCUGCAAAAACAAAUUGGCCAGGUGAGACCGAUGGCCUAUGGUUCCAAAACUCUCAGUGAGGUGGAGGCGAGGUUUUCAGCUUGCGAACGUGAGGUAUUCGCCCUGGUAUGGUCCCUAACACAUUGGGAAUAUUUAAGUGGCACAGCUCUCAUUGUGGUGAGGACAUGCCAUACUCCAGUAAAAUAUGUCAUCUCUGGAAGAAUUAAUGAGGGAAGGGUAUCCUCUCCCCGGCUGGCGGGAUGGACUCUAAGUCUGGUCAAUCGGGAUAUUCGUACUGAGAAGAUCCCCCCCAUACGAGAAUCCUUCCCUAUGCUCCGAUUACCGCAGGAGAUGAGCACGAAUGUCCGUUGCCAGAUCCUGAUUUAGACUUACUAUCUCCAUUCUUCUUAGCAACAUCCUGGGAAGAAGUACAAGGAAAAGGGUUAACACUCUGGGCAGU